GCGCUUGCGCGGUUAGUCGGUAGGCCGCGAGCCGUGGGAUGCGGCUGAAUGAGGCGGUGGUGUUGCAGGGGCGGUUGGUGGCGCUUGUCCCGUACAGAGCACGGCACGUCCUCAGAUGACAUGAAAACUGGAGGAAUUGUGGUUGGUGAAGCAGAUUGUCAAAGGAUAAAGCUUGAAAUAGAUCCAUUGGAAAGGUGGACGGAGAAAUAGCAGGUACCACCAAUGGAUGAAAUCAGAGGAAUUACAGAAGCUGACAGCCUCUGAACCACUUACCUUGGAGCAGGAAUACCAGAUGCAGAUAAACUGGCAGGAGGAUGCUGACAAGUGUACCUUCAUAGUAUUAGAUAAGCUGAAGUGGGUGAGUGGUUCGUGCACAGAAGAGGACUGCAUGGUAGGAGAUGUGAAUCUGUUUCUCACAGAUCCUGAAGACCCCACAACUGCUGAAAUUGAAAUCAUGAUUGCAGAGCCCAGUUAUAGAGGAAAGGGUUUUGGCAAAGAAGCAACGAUGAUGAUGAUGUAUUAUGGAGUCACUAAGCUGGGGAUAAAGAAAUUCCAAGCAAAAAUCAACCUGGAAAAUACAAUCAGCAUCACCAUGUUUCAAAACUUUCACUUUGAAGAGGUUUCUGUCAGUGAUGUCUUUCAAGAAGUAACACUUGGGUUAACCGUGGACAACUGCAGGAAAAAGUGGCUCCUCGAACAAAUGAGUCAUAUGGAGGAGAAGCGGUAUAGUUAACAACUGGAGGAGCCAUGGGGAGAUUCACCACCCCACUGACUAAGAGAAUCCUUACAGUGAGGAAUGACUAUCUUAAAAAGCCCAUCUUUGCUGUCUAAAGCAUAUAAUGUUGAAACAUGGCUGAGAUAAAUGAAAUUGUUCCAAGUGACUUCCAGCAUCAUAACUUAAGACUGGGCCAAUAAAACCUGUUAUUCAUUGCUGAGUCACAGGUACUGUCCAUAUUAAGUGGAGUACAAAAAGACUUUUGUGCAGUUCCCCGCCAUGGUUUUGUAAAUAAUGAUUAGCCACAUUAUGCUGCACAGACCAGGGAGAUUGGAGCUUUGAUGUUCAGGGGCAGUGUAGGCUGUCACACUGGAUUCCAUGGUCUGAUUCACUCUCCAGUGGAAUUGAACUGCAUUGCACAUGGCUCAAUCAAAAAGCUGAAUGGCCUGUUACCAUGGUACUGGAAAGUUCCUGGCAUCGGAGUCUGUAAGUGUGUAUUCUCUAUAUGCUGGAGGCUGCAGGAAAGCACUUUCUUUCUACAUUAAGAUCCACAGCUGUAUGAAAGGAUAUUCCACCCGUCUUAUUUACGCAGGUUUUACUGGGAGAACACUGCCCAGUGUAACUCUGCUUCUGUGAGACCUGAAAAACAAUUUGGGACGCCUGAAGCAGAGGACGCUUUUUCACUUGCCAAUACAAGUUUAAUCACAAUAAAUUCAUUGCUUUUAAA